ACUGAGUUCAAGAGAAUACCCUCGCCCUUGAAGUAUCAAACUCGGUGUUUAGCUGCCUUCCCUGAUCAACAAGGUUUCUUGGUUGGCUCUAUUGAAGGACGGGUUGGUGUGCAUCAUCUUGAUGAUUCGUUACAAGGUAAAAACUUCACAUUCAAAUGUCACAGGGAGGGCAACGACAUUUACUCAGUCAACUCUCUAAAUUUCCACCCCACACAUGGAACGUUUGCAACUGCGGGGUCUGAUGGUGCCUUCAACUUUUGGGACAAAGAUAGCAAACAGAGGCUUAAGGCAAUGUCAAGAUGCAGCCAGCCCAUACCUUGCAGUGCGUUCAACAAUGAUGGAUCAAUCUAUGCAUAUGCGGUUUGUUAUGAUUGGAGCAAGGGUGCAGAAAAUCAUAACCCAUCAACUGCAAAAACAUACAUUUACUUGCACUUCCCACAGGAGUCUGACGUUAAGGGCAAGCCACGAAUUGGUGGAAGUAGCAGUAGAAAGUGAAGUCAGCAGUAAAGCUUCUUCUCACCAUUUUGGAGAAAGUUCGUCUUGUGCUUCAUAUUUAGGGGUUUUUCCAUUUGCAGUCUUGCAAUUAUAAUAUGUUUGGAGUAGGAGGAAAGGAAGGUUCAUAUAUUCUAGUUAGUAUGUGGUGCUUGCUUGUGACAAUACUGGUAUAUAUUUAGAUAUAAUUUCUUAGUGUCCAUCUUUGUAUUGAGCCGGGGGUCUAUCGGAAACAGCCUCUCUACUUCUUCGGAUUUAGUGGUAUGGACUGCGUACAUUUUACCCUCCCCAGACCCCACUAUGUGGGAAUAUACACCACUUUGUGGGAAUAUACCGGGUUUGUUGUUGUUGUAGUCUUCAUCUCUGCCUGCUUCACUAGCUUGUUAACUGAAACUUCCUGGCAGUGAUUGAUUCUAUAUCAUAUAGCGGUAGCUUUAGUGCA